UGCAUUAAUUAGAAGUAUAUGAGCAGUUGUUUUUGUUGCUGCUGUCUCUGUAGCUCCAAAGCCCAAACUUCAAGGAGAGAUCGCCGGUCGCUCUCCAUUUGAAUGUUCAGCGAUGAGCAUUGAUCGGGCUACCCAUUCUCGAGCGGUUGGCGAUCGGCUCUUCUCUUAUAGGGACCAAGCAGGAAGCAUUGAGCCUCUUCUGCGAUUGCUCCCUGCUUCGCUCUUAGCUUUUCUGUUCUUUGAGAUGGGAAUUCUCCUGAGAAAGGCUGAAAUCUCAACAACCGUUUCGUUUGAUUAAUCCUGAGCUCAUAAAGUUUGCAGCUUGGGGCUUUGAGGUGUUUCGGGGUUUUGGGCUGAAUUUGUAGGUUGCUGUUCCUCAUCUAUUGGAUUCGGCAUAUGCGUGUGAAGUACUUUUUUGUCCUUCUAAAAUAUCGGUUCUAUUGCGGCAUUUAGUUUAAUCAGGUGGCCUAUGUUAUGUUGGGGGUUUAGGUUUGGAGUUUGAGGGCGGUUUUGUCGAUAGUGAAAUCUGAGGUUUUGGAUGGCGUCAGUGCCGGUGGAAGAGAGUGAUGGCAGAGGAAGCAUGUGGGAUUUGGAUCAGAAACUUGAUCAACCCAUGGAUGAAGAGGCUGGCAGGAUUAGGAAUAUGCAUUGUGAGAAGAAAUUCUCCUCAUUGUUGCUUCUAAGGCUAGCAUUUCAGAGCUUAGGGGUGGUAUUUGGAGAUUUGGGCACAUCUCCUUUGUAUGUUUUCUACAAUACAUUUCCUCGGGGUGUAGGCAAUGGUGAAGAUGUUAUUGGAGCUCUUUCUCUGAUUAUUUAUUCUAUAAUACUUAUCCCACUCCUCAAAUAUGUUUUUGUGGUGUUGAGAGCAAAUGACAAUGGUCAAGGGGGUACUUUUGCUUUAUAUUCACUUCUCUGCCGACAUGCAAAAAUUAGGACUAUUCCCAACCAGCAUAGAACAGAUGAAGAGUUAACAACAUAUAGUUGCCGAACUUAUGAUGAGAAUUCAUUCGCAGCAAAACUCAAGCACUGGUUAGAGGCUCAUACAUACAAGAAAAAUGCUGUUCUUAUUCUUGUUCUUAUUGGAACAUGCAUGGCCAUUGGGGACGGUAUUCUUACUCCUGCUAUUUCAGUUCUCUCCGCAUCUGGUGGACUCAAGGUGAACCACCCUAAUAUAAGUAAUGGUGUGGUUAUACUGGUGGCUGUGGUUAUAUUAGUUGGUUUAUUUAGCUUGCAGCAUUAUGGUACAGACAGAGUUAGCUGGCUAUUUGCUCCCAUUGUUCUCCUCUGGUUCCUGUUAAUAGGAUCCAUAGGCGUGUUCAACUUAUGCAAAUAUGACAGUUCAGUUCUCAAAGCCUUUAAUCCAGUUCACAUAGUUAGAUAUUUCAAAGGUGGCCACAAAAAUUUGACUUCCCUGGGAGGGAUUAUGCUUAGCAUUACAGGAGCUGAUGUAUUAUUUUCCGACCUGUGUCAUUUCCCAGUCCUUGCUGUUCAGAUUGCUUUUACUUUUGUUGUUUUCCCAUGUCUUCUUUUGGCGUACACUGGACAAGCAGCUUACAUCAUUCAACACCAAGAUCAUGUUUUUGAUGCAUUUUAUAGGUCGAUUCCAGAUGGUAUAUACUGGCCAAUGGUUAUCAUUGCAACAGCUGCAGCUAGUAUUGCUAGCCAAGCCACCAUUUCUGCAACAUUUUCAAUUAUCAAGCAGGCAGCCGCUCUUGAUUGUUUCCCCAUGGUCAAGGUUGUCCACACAUCAAAGAAGUUUCUUGGACAGAUAUAUAUUCCAGACAUUAAUUGGAUUCUGAUGAUCCUCUGCAUUGCUGUUACUGCUGGGUUCAAAAACCAAAGCCAGAUUGGCAAUGCUUAUGGAACUGCUGUUGUAAUCGUCAUGCUGGUUACAACCUUAUUAAUGAUCCCUAUAAUGUUCUUGGUAUGGAGAAGCCAUUGGAUGCUUGUCCUCUUCUUUACCGCCCUCUCCCUUUUGGUGGAACUCACUUACUUCUCUGCAGUCCUAUUCAAGGUCAAUGAGGGUGGAUGGGUGCCACUUGUCAUUGCUGCUGCUUUUCUCUUAAUCAUGUUUGUUUGGCAUUACGGUACAGUUAAGCGCUAUGAGUUUGAGAAGCACUCCAGGGUAUCAAUUGCUUGGAUUCUUGGUCUAGGCCCAAGUCUUGGCCUCGUUCGAGUUCCCGGCAUCGGCUUCGUGUACACCGAUCUUGCAAGUGGAGUACCUCACAUCUUCUCGCACCUCAUCACUAACCUUCCCGCCAUCCAUUCCGUCGUCGUCUUCGUUUGUGUGAAGUACCUUCCAGUUUACACCGUCCCUGUAGACGAGCGCUUCAUAGUGAAACGAAUCGGCACGAAAAGCUUUCAUAUAUUCCGAUGCGUCGCAAGAUAUGGAUACAAAGAUCUGCUCAGGAAGCAUGAUGACUUUGAGAAGAUGCUGUUUGAUAGCAUUUCAGUAUUUGUUCGUCUUGAGGCAAUGAUGGAGGGCUACUCAGAUUCAGAUGAGUGCGCAUUUUCCGCGCAGCAGAAUGCGAAGUCGAUCGAUCUGCUUGAAGCCGGCUACAUGGAUACUUUAGGCUCCAUCAUGGAGGUGAAAAACACCUCAUCACAAGAUUCCAUACCUGUACAAUCAUCACACCAAGGCAGCUCUGUAACAAGGUCUUCAGCUCCUACAAGCCAAAUAACCAGCGAGGAGCUUGAUUUCUUGAACAGAUGCAAGGAAGCUGGAGUGGUUCACAUAUUGAGUAAUACAAUGGUGAGGGCCCGAAGAGAUUCAAAUCUUGUUAAGAAGAUUGCUGUUGAUUAUGUUUAUGCUUUUCUUAGGAGGAUUUGUAGAGAUAACAGUGUGAUGUUUAAUCUUCCCCAUGAGAGCUUGUUGAACGUUGGACAGAUAUUCUAUGUAUAGCUUUUGCUACAUCUUUGGUAUUUUAAUGCAGUUCAGUUAUAAAUGGCUUUUGCUUUUUAGAUAGAA